UUGGCUGCGCGGCGCGCCGGCCGCGCGGGGCCUGUGGGAAGCGGAGUGACGGAGCGAGCGGCUGUUGGAGGAAGGAGAGAAUAUGAAACAGGUGUCAAAAUGACAUCCAGAUUUGGGAAAACAUACAGUAGGAAAGGAGGAAAUGGCAGUUCAAAAUUCGAUGAAGUCUUUUCCAAUAAACGGACCACCCUUAGCACAAAAUGGGGAGAGACCACAUUUAUGGCUAAAUUAGGGCAGAAGAGGCCCAAUUUCAAACCAGAUAUCCAAGAAAUUCCGAAGAAACCUAAGGUGGAAGAAGAAAAUACUGGAGAUCCUUUUGGAUUUGAUAGUGAUGAUGAGUCUCUACCAGUUUCUUCAAAGAAUUUAGCCCAGGGUAAGGGUUCCUCUUACUCAGAAUCUAGUGAAGCUGCUCAGCUGGAAGAGGUCACUUCUGUACUUGAAGCUAAUAGCAAAAUUAGUCAUGCAGUGGGCGAAGACAGUGUUGUAUCUGAUAAAUGCUUACUUUUGGAAGAAACUUUGGUUGGGAAAGAAAAGAGCACAAACCGAAUUUUAGAAGAUGAUGCAAGCAGAAGUAGCUGUGCUAAAUUAGCGACUUCAGAUAAAGUGGAGAAUUUUAGUGAAGAAUAUGAAAAGAAUAGUCACCAUAUUUACAAAAAUGCUGAAGACAGUACUAAGAAACCCAGUGCAGAAACAACAGUAGCUUCUGUAUACAAAGCUGAUGAAAUCAAGGAAACAAAUGACACUUGGAACUCUCAACUUGGAAAAAGGUCAGAAUCUCCAUCAGAAACAUCUCCCAUUAAGGGAUCUGUAAGAACUGGUUUGUAUGAAUGGGAUAAUGAUUUUGAAGAUAUCAGAUCAGAAGAUUGUAUUUUAAGUUUGGAUAGUGAUCCUCUUUUGGAGAUGAAGGAUGAGGAUUUUAAAAACCGGUUGGAAAAUCUAAAUGAAGCCAUUGAGGAAGACAUCAUGCAAAGUGUUCUUAGGCCAAGCAACUGUAGGACGUACUGUAGGGCCAAUAAAGCAAAAUCCUCACAAGGAGCUUCAAAUUUUGAUAAGCUAAUGGACGGAACCAGUCAGGCCUUAGCCAAAGCAAACAGUGAAUCAAGUAAGGAUGGCCUGAAUCAGGCAAAGAAAGGCAGUGUAAGUUCUGGGACCAGUUUUAGAGGGACAGUUGGACGGACUAGAGAUUACACUGUUUUACAUCCAUCUUGCUUGUCAGUUUGUAAUGUUACCAUACAGGAUACUAUGGAACGGAGCAUGGAUGAAUUCACUGCAUCAACCCCUGCAGAUUUGGGCGAAGCUGGCCGCCUAAGAAAAAAGGCAGAUAUUGCGACUUCUAAGACCACUACUAGAUUUCGACCUAGUAAUACUAAAUCUAAAAAGGAUGUUAAACUUGAAUUUUUUGGUUUUGAAGAUCAUGAUGAGACAGGAGGUGAUGAAGGAGGUUCUGGGAGUUCUAAUUACAAAAUUAAGUAUUUUGGUUUUGAUGAUCUCAGUGAAAGUGAAGAUGAUGAUGAAGAUGACUGUCAAGUGGAAAGAAAGACAAGCAAAAAAAGAACUAAAACAGCUCCAUCCCCCUCCUUGCAGCCUCCUCCUGAAAGCAUUGAUAAUUCCCAGGACAGUCAGUCUAGUGCUAACAAUGCAGAAAACUUGGAUUUUACAGAGGACUUGCCUGGUGUGCCUGAAAGUGUGAAGAAGCCCCCAAAUAAACAAGGAGAUAAAUCAAAAGAAAACACCAGAAAGAUUUUUAGUGGUCCCAAACGGUCUCCUACAAAAGCUGUAUAUAAUGCUAGACAUUGGAACCAUCCAGACUCUGAAGAGCUGCCUGGGCCACCAAUAGUAAAACCUCAGAGUGCCACAGUGAGGCUGUCUUCAAAGGAACCAAAUCAAAAAGAUGAUGGAGUUUUUAAGGCUCCUGCACCACCACCCAAAGUGAUAAAAACUGUGACAAUACCUACUCAGCCCUACCAAGAUAUAGUUACUGCACUGAAAUGCAGAAAAGAAGACAAAGAAUUGUAUACUGUUGUUCAGCAUGUGAAGCACUUCAAUGAUGUGGUGGAAUUUGGUGAGAAUCAAGAAUUCACUGAUGACAUUGAGUACCUGUUAAGUGGCUUAAAGAGCACUCAGCCUCUAAACACACGUUGCCUUAGUGUUAUUAGCUUGGCUACUAAAUGUGCCAUGCCCAGUUUUCGAAUGCACCUGAGAGCACAUGGAAUGGUAGCAAUGGUCUUUAAAACCUUGGAUGAUUCCCAGCACCAUCAGAAUCUGUCCCUUUGUACAGCUGCCCUCAUGUACAUACUGAGUAGAGAUCGUCUGAACAUGGAUCUUGAUAGAGCUAGCCUAGAUCUAAUGAUUCGACUUCUAGAACUGGAACAAGAUGCUUCUUCAGCUAAGCUACUGAAUGAAAAAGACAUGAACAAAAUCAAAGAAAAAAUUCGAAGGCUCUGUGAAACUGUACACAACAAGCAUCUUGAUCUAGAAAAUAUAACGACUGGGCAUUUAGCUAUGGAGACCUUGCUGUCCCUUACUUCUAAACGAGCAGGAGACUGGUUUAAAGAAGAACUCCGGCUUUUGGGUGGUCUGGAUCAUAUUGUAGAUAAAGUGAAAGAAUGUGUGGAUCAUUUAAGUAGAGAUGAAGAUGAAGAGAAACUGGUAGCCUCAUUAUGGGGAGCAGAGAGAUGUUUACGAGUUUUAGAAAGUGUAACAGUGCAUAAUCCAGAGAAUCAAAGCUACUUGAUAGCAUAUAAAGAUUCACAACUCAUUGUUUCUUCAGCUAAAGCAUUACAGCAUUGUGAAGGAUUGAUUCAGCAGUAUAACCGUGCUGAGAACAGUAUAUGCUUACCUGACAGUAAGCCUCUGCCUCACCAGAAUGUAACCAACCAUGUGGGCAAAGCCGUAGAAGACUGCAUGAGGGCCAUCAUUGGGGUAUUGCUCAAUUUAACUAAUGAUAAUGAGUGGGGCAGCACCAAAACGGGAGAACAGGAUGGCUUGAUUGGCACAGCAAUGAACUGUGUGCUUCAGGUUCCAAAGUACCUACCUCAGGAGCAGAGAUUUGAUAUUCGAGUGCUGGGCUUAGGUCUACUGAUAAAUCUAGUGGAGUAUAGUGCUCGGAAUCGGCACUGUCUUGUCAACAUGGAAACAUCAUGUUCUUUUGAUUCUUCCCUCUGUAGUGGAGAAGGUGAUGAUAGUUUAAGGAUAGCUGGACAAAUUCAUGCCGUUCAGGCCUUAGUGCAGCUAUUCCUUGAGCGAGAACGAGCAGCCCAGUUGGCAGAAAGUAAAACAGAUGAAUUGAUCAAAGAUGCUCCCACCACUCAGCAUGAUAAGAGUGGAGAGUGGCAAGAGACAAGUGGAGAAAUACAGUGGGUAUCAACUGAAAAGACUGAUGGUACAGAAGAGAAACAUAAGAAGGAAGAGGACGAUGAAGAACUUGACCUCAAUAAAGCCCUUCAGCAUGCUGGCAAACACAUGGAGGAUUGCAUUGUGGCCUCAUAUACAGCACUACUUCUCGGGUGUCUCUGCCAGGAGAGUCCAAUCAAUGUGACCACUGUGCGAGAAUAUCUGCCAGAAGGCGACUUUUCAAUAAUGACAGAGAUGCUCAAAAAAUUCCUGAGCUUCAUGAAUCUUACUUGUGCUGUUGGAACCACAGGCCAGAAAUCUAUCUCUAGAGUGAUUGAAUACUUGGAACAUUGCUAGCUGCUUGCUUUACCUUUGCUUCAGGUGCUCGGUAAUGCUCGAGCUAUUCUUAGACAAAGAAAAGUCAUGAAAGAAGUCCUUGAAGAUAUACCAAGAACAUUCAUCAGUAUCAUUCAUGUUUGGAUUUUUAAGGCCACCUGAUUUCUUCGUCAUGCAUUCUGCAUUUGCUAAAUGACAGUUACUACAUCAAUCUGCAACUAUCAAAAAUGAGGGAAAAGGUUCAGGCUGUUAACAAUUCCAUGCAGUAUUUAAAUACACUUACUUUGGCAGAGUUUAUACUCUCCCCUUGUUCUCUUGCUUUAUUCUGGGCAAGUUGUAAGGGGAAAAUUUGUGCUGCUGUUAGUGCAACUGCUGUGUAUGUUGAGCCACUGUUGUCAUGCCAGCCAGGUGCAGAGGCAGCUUAGCUACUGAGGUAUCGAAUGUUUUGAGGACAUUCUAGACAACAGCUUAGUUCCUUUUUCAGGCUCAUUUGCUUUUGCUUUUUGUUGAAUGAUUCCAAUCGUAAAUAAAGCUUUUAAUAAUUUUGUGAAUUUUUUUUCUUUGUUGUUCCCUGAACUACUGUCUAUAUUUAAAAUUAGAUGGAAUCCAAAGACACAAGGGAUUAAUAGUAUAUUUUUUUAUUUUUCAUUUGGUUUGGGUUGUUGAACUAUUUUUCACUUUUGAGACCAUGACCAUAUUAUCAUGCCAUGAUGAGUCAUAGCUGUAGACACAAGAAAACCAACAACAGUUUGAGGGAAUAUUACAUAAGAUGAUGUGCCCUGUUAAAGGAUGAAGCAAAAUAGACAAACCCAGGGUAGUUUCAGCUUAAUGCUAGAGGAGGCUCUUGAAACAUUGUGUUGAGGGAGGACCCUCUAGAUAUAUUUUCUAAUGUUCAGUACAAUAAAUAUAAGGAAGCUAAAACACCAAUGUGGAAUUCAUGUUUCCAGAAAAUGUGUAUAUUCUUCUAUAGAGUGACAGGAUCAAAUGCAAAAACGCAAAGCCUUAAAUUGCUGGUUCAGAGAAAAUCCUUUUUUUUCCCCCCAUUCAGAUUCUUAGUUCAUAGAACAGUGUGUUUGGAAAACAGUCAUGGAACACACAAAACACAUUUUAUAUAUUUAAUUUCACAACAUUGCAAAUCUUUCUUGUGUUAAUUAUUGUUCAGACCACUGGUAAAACUUUUCUUUUUUUGUUGAUUGGGCCUGAAUACAGGCUUUCCAGAGAUCUCUUUCAUUAAUACUUUUAAAUACCUUUCGGGUAGUUAUGUCAUGUUUCUUCAUUGGAUUUGUAAAACUUGAAGCCAUAAAAAUAUUAGUUUGGUGUGUAUUGAGGAAAAUAGCUAAAAGUCUAAUUGUUACUCAUUUAGACUUUGUUAUUUCCUUGUAUAAAGUGACAAAUCGGGGCUCUUGUAUCAGUGCCAGCUGUAAUGUUUUUUAAAUGCAGUGGCUGCCUUCUAUUGUCUUCCUAUUUUUGAUAAUGCAGAUUGUUGGGAAAUCUAUAAGGAAGUAACUGAUUCCAGGCAAAUUGUUUUCUUCCUCCUACCCACCCAACCCCCACCCAUCACCUUCUAACAGCAUAGUUAUGCCAGUGUAACUUGGGAAAGAUUGAGGUCUUAUUUGCCCUGAGUAUAAAAGCUAGCUUAGCAAACUAUUUUAAAAGUAUAUCAGUAAAUGAUAUUCAUAAAUUGAAUUAGUUAGAUAUAUUUUGUUUAAAAAAUUUAAAGUGCAUUGAUAUUUAUUAAUCAUUGGAUUUAGGAAAAGGAACAGAUUUCUGGUAAAACUGACAUGCGGCAGAUGGUAAAGAAUAUUAUAAAAUGUUUGGAUGAGAACAAUCAGGGCGAACUACAUUUUUCUGUUACACUGGUAAUCAUUUGAGAAUUGAUUUACCUCAGUGUUUAACAGUUUUUUGUUUUGUUUUGUUUUUUAAAUAAUAACUAAUUGUCAAGCACUGAUAGAGAUGCAGACUUUGGUGGGGGGGGGGUGGGGGGAGAAAUCACCUCACCAGCUGCAGUGCAUUUGUGUGUUUUUAACCCUCAGAGAACUCUGCAUUUUAGGGUACUUGAGGCUGACUUGCAAAUUAAAGUUUUAAAGUAACCUUUUUUUCCAUUGUAAAUAUUUCUGUAAAUACUACCAAUUGGAAAUUAGAACAGUAGAGUACUUUUCUGAAUCCAAUCCUAUUUUUAUUUUAUACAGUAUUUCUCAGCUGUGAUCUUUGGAGCAAAAGCCAACGGCAGGAAAAAAAAAUAGUUUGUACCAGUUUCAUGAAGUAUGUCUUUGGGUUUUUGUAAAUAAUUUUAACUCAAAUAAAAUUGCUACUUUCAAUACA